CAGUCAUCCGUACCACGAUAAGCAUCGGGUUUAUAUACCUAUAUCAAUAGUCAGUAAAUAUACACAGCUCUACUCUUCAUCUGAUUCUUCAUUUAUUGUUUUAGGCACAAUGACCAGCAGCCUCGUCGUCCUUGGCGACGCCGAGAUCCGCGACCUUCUCAUCAGCCUGUCCAAAGAAGAAGUCCUUCAGUUCAAGGAGGCUCUGGAGAACAUCCUCAUUGACUUUUCCGUCAAAGGUGAAGGGAAAUACCAACCAACACCAGAUUUCGUCAAUCGACCGAAUGGGCAAAAGACUCUCUUCCGCACAUUCACCUCUCCAGACCAUGUAGGAACCAAGAUCGUGGUCACGCCAGCUCCCAUCAAGGACUCAGAGGGUAACACGGUGAACCGUCCACUUGGAGGACUUUUGUCUUUGUGCGAUUCUGCAGGUGUGCCGACGGGUAUACUCAAUGCUGCGGAGCCAACUGGUUAUCGUACUACUUUAUCUGCUUUGAUUCCAUGGACUUGGAGAAGGAAUACGGAAAAUAUUGUGAUCUUUGGAGCGGGAAAGCAAGGGCUUUGGCAUACUCGUCUGGCACUGGCUCUCAGAGGCUCCGAGAUCAAGAAGAUCACCAUCGUGAACCGAUCUGUGGGCCGGGCCAAGGAUUUGGUCAAGACGGUUACGGAAGAAAACCAAAAGUACUGGAAGUCUUCUGCCACUCUGAAUGUUCUGGAUCCUGCUCAAGCUGAUUACGACGAGGCUCUGGCAUCUCUCUUGUCAUCAGCCGACGCAGUGUUCUGCACAGUUGGUUCAACAAGUCCCCUGUUCUCACUCAAGACCAUCCUAGGUGAUGGAACACGAAGCAGAUUACCUUUCGUCGGUGCCAUAGGUUCAUGGCAAGCCGAUAUGAUCGAACUUGAUCCAGAAAUGCUUCGCCAUGCUGCUUCUCGCGACGACUCAUACAGCCCUCAUGGUGCGGAAGGCAGUAUUCUUGUUGAUGAUCUUGAAGAGGCGAUGGUCAAGUCUGGAGAAGUUAUACAGAGCGGUCUCAAGGGUGAAAGGUUACUUCAGGUUGGAGAGAUCUUAGAUUGGCUAGAUGACAAGUCUGAAAGGAAGCCUGAAGGAGGCGUCGAGAAGCUGAAGAAGUGGAUUAGUGAGGGCUUCAUCGUGUACAAAGGCAUUGGCGUGAGUGUCACAGAUCUUGCCGCUGGAAACGCGAUCCUGGACCUUGCUAGGAAGAGAAAUGUUGGAACGACUAUCUCUAACUUUUAGCUUAAUGACGGGAAUAGAUAGAAGCUAUCUCAGAGUCUCUAAUGUGCCAAGUCAUUUUGGUGGUCUACAUGGUCGAUUUCAGAAGCAACAUUCGAAACAAAGUCGAUGACAAGAAUAUUUAUAUCGGUUAGAAGACAGUUUAUAUGUCAGGAUCAGCUGAUAUAGAAGUUCAUGUCAGUCUGAGGCAACCCUCC